AUGUUUAAGUAUUUUAACAAAGAAAAGGAAAAGAAGAAAUCAUUGGUUAUACAAAAAAUAAUGUCCGUUGAGGAAUUCUUUUUGAGAGGGGAGUAUGAAAUUUCAAGUGAUGUUUGGAAAAUGAAUUCUACUUAAUUGGAAGAAACAAUAAAUAAGUAAGAGAAAUUCAUAAAACAUCUAUAAACGUUAUAUUAAUAAUAAUUAGAGUUUAUAGAAGGUGAUAAAAUAAAAUAGGAGGAUAACCUUAGGAAAUUAAAAAAUCAUUUAGAGGAACUUGAAAUUAAGAAUGAAAGCAAUAUUUAAUAGAAAGAAUUGAUAGAGUAGCAGUAUAAAGAAAUUUAUUUAAAGUUUUAACCUAAAGAACAUAAGGAUAUGUUAAUUUAAACUGAAGGAAAUAAUUAACAAGAAGAAGAAUUAAACAGACUGAGAAAUUAAUGUGAAAAGAUGUGUGAAGAAAUUCAAAGAUUGCAGGAGGAGAAUGACGACCUAUCAGUCGCAUUGGAAGCUGAAAAGAAGCAUAAGAGUUCGCUUUAAAACCAAAAUAAUUAAAAACUAUAAUAGUUGGAAUUACAUAUUUAGUAAUUAUAACUUGAACACAACAAAGAGCUUGAAGCCUUGCAAAUUAGAUUAACUAAUAAUUUUUCAGUUGAUGUCAAUUCAAAAACUAAAGAAUUAGAAAGUAAAGUUUUGUAAGAGAAAAUUAAAUGUGAUUAAAAAUUUAAAGAUUGUUAAAGGCUUGAAGAUGAGAUUAGAGAAUUAAAAUAGCAUUUAGAACAACAGACAACAAAAUAUGAAUAGAGAGAAGGCAAAUUAUAACUAUUAGAAUAAAAGAGGACAAGAGAUAAAAAUACAAUAUAAAAAUUAUAAUGCGACUUGUAAUCAAACAAAUAACAUUUGUCUGAAUAAAAUAUUAAAUUAAUAAAUGAAAUUAGCAAAGCUAAUAAUGAGCUAUACGAGUUAAAAUAAAAAUUAGAAAAAUUAGAACAAUAGCAGAAUUAAAAAGAAAAAGUUGUUGACUAAUUCGAAGUUUAAGAAAAAUAACUCAAAAUUUAGUAAUUAGAAUUAAUUAUUUAUGAUCAAUAAAACACGAUAAACAUUUUAGAAAAAAAAAUUGAUUAAUUGGAAUCAUCAUCAAUUAUUAAGAUAUCAGAAUUGGAGAAGAUUAUAGAAUAAUUGAAUAUAAAAAGAGAAAAUGCUAGAAAAGAAAUAUCAGAAUUAUCUCUUAAAUUGUAGAGCAUGCAUUAGGAUCUUAACACAAGCACAUCCAGCAAGCACCAAGCUAAAUCCUCCAAUAUUGGACACAAUAAGUAAAAAUUUCUAUUGUUUCCAACACUCAAACAAAUGCUAAGUGAUGUCAGAAAAAAAGAAGAUAGCAGCUAUAAAUUAUAUAUGCAAGCUAUUGUUACAGAAUUCAAAAAUCAAAAAGAAAUAAUUGCUUUGGAAACAGCUUUGAAUGAUGUUUCAAGAAUGACUCAAGACAUACUUGAUCUUCUUGACGAAAUGGGAUUAAUUUGA